GCCAUAUUGUCAGUUUCCGAAGAGAAAGCAACAUUUCUGCAAACAUGUCAAAAUAGUGAGUGUCAGUCUCUCCUCGGACGCUGUCACGGUGGCUCUCUCGGUGCGCCUGCUUGUUUUGCAGUCGGCGCUGUGUUAUGAUACGUUGUUGCGGGGAUUUGACUCGGCCUGGCUCGCUGUUCGCGGACGGGUCCGUUAGCACGGAGCUAUAUCGGUCGCUGGCGUGAGUCGGAGCGGCUUUGAGCGGCUUCGCGGUGCCCUCUCAUCGAGCCGUUUAACCCGCGGAGCCUCCUGUUUACCUGUCUCCGCUGAGCCCCGGUGUCUUUUUCUCACAGGCUUUAGUGAAUCGACUAUGGCGCACACCGGAGCAAUGCACGAGUCGCUGGCGGCUGACAGGUCCGCUUAUCUGCGGAGCCGGCCGUGCUCCAGCGAGAGAGACAGCCGGGUCCGAGCGGUCAAAGCCGCCCUCCUGUCCCGGCUGGGGCCCUACGAGCCGGUCCUGACCUACCUACAGUCCGCCCUGGUGUGGGAGAGACCCGUCCAGUGCGCCCUGCUCUACGCUGCGGUCAACCUGCUGUUUUGGUUCUUCGCCUUGACCUCGCUCCGUGUGCUGUUCCUGCUGGCUUCUGGCCUGGCUCUGCUCGUCUGCAUCGACACGUGGAGGAAUAAAAUCUGGCCGGAGAUAAGAGUAAGAAAGAAGGAGGAAUCAGAAAAUGAGAGCUGGGGUCUGGUGCAGCCCGGCAUCCUCAGCGUGCCUGAACUGUGUCACCACCUCGCCGAAGCGUGGGUCAGCGGAGCUGUUCUCGCAUCCAGCGUGGCGCAGUACAAAAGACAAAACCCUGGCAAGUUCUGCAUCCUGACCUGUGGAGUUUGCAGCUGUCUGGCCAUGAUCGGAAGCUACAUUCCUGGACUGGUGCUCUCCUACUCCGCCUUGUUAUCCACCCUCCUGGCCCCUCUGGCAGCCUACCACAGGGUUUUCCAGCACGUGUGCAUGAAGCUGGAGCCGGUCCUGCAGCGGCUGGACUUCAGCGUCAGUGGAUACAUGAUGUCAAAACCCAUCGAUAACCAGUUCCUGCGGCGGCCCAUCCGCGGCGCCGCCUCAGGAGAAGCCAGCGACAGCGAGGAGGAGUUGGCUGCUUUCUGCCCCACGUUUGAUGACGCCAUUGUUGCGAAGGAGCUGGCCCUCACCGACUCGGAACACUCUGAUGCUGAAGUUUCCUACACUGAUAACGGAACGUUCAACCUGUCCCGGGGUCAGACGCCGCUGACGGAGGGCUCUGAAGAUCUGGACAGACACAGCGACGCCGAGGAGUCCUUCGCCCAGGACCUCCCAGACUUCCCCUCCAUUAACCCCGACGCCACCCUGAUGGACGACGACGACGACACCAGCAUCGGGCUGCCCAGCCUGGGCCCGUCGGGGCUGGCCAGCCACCGGGCGUCGGUGCUGGACGUGGACUCCCACCUGGACUCGGACCAGGAGGACCUGGACGCCGAGCUCUCCCUGCCGCCGGCCUCCAACUUCUCCGGAGACUUGGCCGGCGUCAUCGCCAGCAACAUGAUCCAGGCGGCGCUGGCCGGGGCCCUGCAGCCUCGGCCCCCCGCCUCCCAGCGCAGGGAGGGGCCCCCCAGGGCCGGGGCCCACCGGAGCUACCGCAAGCAGUCCAGCUCGGAGCUGGACACAGACUUGGACGGGGAGGACUUUGAAAUGCUGGAUCAGUCCGAACUGAACCAGAUGGAUCCUCUGGGGGGAGGGGGAGGCGCGUCCCGACGGGGGGAGAGCCACGGCUCCAACUUCCUGUCCAGUCUGCUCGGUAAACCCCAGUAGGCGUGUUUAGAUGAGCGUGUGUGUUGUUGAGUGUGUGUGUGUGAGAGAGAGAGAGAGAGAGAGACGAUGUUUGGCUUCUGAUCAGCAUCAGUUUAUCACUGUGAAGUGCAACAUCUUUUUUUUUUUCUUUCCUACCUUUUGAAAACGUUUCUUUCUGUACUUUAAAAUUGCUGAUCAUCCGGAGAAGUUUUACUUUGUAGGCUGAGCAAUAGGAAGCACCACAAGAAUAAAACAUUCGAGAUGUUAAACAAACCAGCAUUUUUUUGAGCCUGGAGGCCGUCCGGCGGUUCGUUCCAGCCGCGGCCAUAAAAUCUUUUCUACCCGGAGAUCUGGACUUACAGGGCUAUUUAACGUAGGACCAAAUCUGACAUUCCUGUUGGUUGAGCCGAGCCUCGUUUGAGCUUCUUCACCUUUAGGUUUCAGUGGCUGCAGAAGCGAGACUCGUCCAGAACGGGCACUUCGUUGCGGCUGUUGACGUCGGUGCUGUCCUCGCCGUGCGGGACCGAGCUGCUGGAGGAGGGUCGAGGUCACGUUGACACGUUUACAGAUUGUAUCUGUUACUCAAACAACUGUCAACAAACCGUGUGUUUGUAGUUUUUCGACGAAGCUGAAUAAUAUCUGGAAAUAUUUUCAGACUCAUUUGAUUUUCUUUCCUUUUUUUUGGUCCUUUUUCUGCUGAGUAAUACGUGAAGACAUGUUUUUUUUCCAUUAUUGGGAGCUGAUAUUGUCCUGCAGUAGUUUUAUCUGACCUCUGGUUAGUGUUCUAUGUUAUGUUUGCUGUUUUUUUUUCUUUUUUAAUUAUUUAUGUCAGGAGAUUUCUUUUUUUUGUGCGUUUGCAAUCUUUCAUCAUCUACCAGCACUUUCGUACAGAUCAAUAACAUAUUGUGUCCAUAUUUAAAACCUUAAAAGUCUAUAUAUUUUCUCAUUCUUAGAUUUUAUGUAGCUUAGUUGAGCUAAAUUUUUUAAAAAGAAGAAUCGCAUUCUGUGAUUCAUUCAUAGCUCUUCUGAAUAUUUUAAUGGGGAAACAUGUUUACAUCAAAAUAGAAGUAUCAUAUCAUUUGUUUUAAAUGACAGAAAGGUUUUAAAACGUGGCUUUUUAUGUUGUUUGGUCUGGAUUUCAUGCUCAAAGCAUGUGAGAAAUUUCAAAUGAGUUAUUGCAAAUAGUGUAAAACAUGCUGGCUUUGAUAAAGAGGUGAUAUUUUGAAGGUUAAAAUCCCAGCUGAAACAUUUUUUUAUCACAAAAGGAAGGAGAAACGCCGGUAGUGCACUGAAGAUUGCUGAGAGUUUUCUAGAGACGAGAGGAGAGCUUCGAGUUUGAGCGCGACUCCCGGAGAACAUCGACUCACUUCCUCAGCGCGAGUGAUUUGUAGUUUGAUAACGUCAUGUGCACAGUAGUGUAUUUUCAGCCCUGUAACUGGUUUUGAUAUGUUUUGAUGUGCAAAUCAUUCUGAAUAAAAUGUUUGCAAUUAA